AUAACGAUUACGAUUUUGGUUGCUUUGCCGCUACCGAUAUAUAUUUCAAUUCAAUCCUCUUCUAAUCAAAGUUUUUUCUUUCUCUCUCUUUCUUUCGAAAAGAAAAAUCAUUCGAUAUUCAUUCGAAAAUGUUCAUUCAACAUUCACGUUCAACAAUUAAUUCAUAUCGUUCAUUAUUGAUUGCUAUACGAUCUACAGCUAAUCAAAUUGAACGACGAAAAUCAUUAUUAUUGUUGAAAAAUUCAAAUAACCAUUAUUAUUCUACAACAUCUAAAUUAUUGGAUCAAUUAUCACCGAAAUCAAUAUCAAUAUCAAUAAUCAAUAAAAGAAAUAUGUCCGAUUAUCGUGAAGAAAAAGAUACAAUGGGUAUUGUUCGUGUACCAUCGGAUCGUUUGUAUGGUGCACAAACACAACGUUCACGUGAUAAUUUUCGUAUUGGUGCCGGACAAAAUUGGGAUGCCGAACAAAUGCCCAAACAAAUUAUUCAUGCAUUUGCUAUAUUGAAAAAAGCAUGUGCACGUGUUAAUCAAUCGUAUGGUGAAUUGGAUGAAAAAUUAGCUACCGCUAUACAGAAAGCAUGUGAUGAUGUUUUAGAAGAACGUUUACCGGUAAAAGAUGAAUUUCCAUUAGUUAUUUGGCAAACUGGUAGCGGUACACAAUCAAAUAUGAAUUGUAAUGAAGUUAUUGCUAAUCGUGCAUCAGAAAUUCUUGGUGGAAAACGUGGUUCUGAACGUUUAGUACAUCCAAAUGAUCAUGUUAAUAAAUCACAAUCAUCAAAUGAUACUUAUCCAACUGCAAUGCAUAUUGCUGCUGCUAUUGAAGUUAAUAAGGUAUUAAUACCUGCAUUAGAAAAAUUAUAUCAAUCAUUAAUGGCUAAACAAAAUGAAUUUGAUAAAAUUAUUAAAAUUGGUCGUACACAUUUGCAAGAUGCAACACCAUUAACACUUGGUCAAGAAUUUUCUGGUUAUUCGGCACAAAUUCAAUUGGGUAUUGAUCGUUUGAAAUCUGCUCUGGAACCACGUGUUUAUUAUUUGGCUAUUGGUGGUACUGCAGUUGGAACCGGUUUAAAUACACGUGUUGGUUGGGAUAAUGAUGUUUGUCGACAAAUUUCCGACAUAACUGGUCUGAAUUUUCGUCCAGCACCAAAUAAAUUUGAAGCAUUAGCAUCACAUGAUGCUAUGGUUGAAUUAUCUGGUGCAUUAAAUGUAUUGGCUUGUAGUUUGAAUAAAAUUGCUAAUGAUAUACGUUUAUUAGCAAGUGGACCACGUUCUGGUAUUGGUGAAUUAUUAUUACCUGAAUUAGAACCUGGUUCAUCAAUAAUGCCCGGUAAAGUAAAUCCAACACAAUGUGAAGCAAUGACAAUGGUUUGUGCACAAGUUCAAGGUAAUCAUGUUGCAACAACAAUUGGUGGUACACAAGGUCAUUUUGAAUUGAAUGUUUUUAAACCAAUGAUGGCUGCUAAUGUUUUACGUUCAUCAAGAUUAUUAGCCGAUGCUUCGGUUUCAUUUACAAAAAAUUGUGUUGAUGGUAUACAAGCAAAUGAAAAACGUAUUGAACAAUUAAUGCGUGAUAGUUUAAUGUUGGUUACUGCAUUAAAUCCACAUAUUGGUUAUGAUAAUGCUGCUUUAAUUGCAAAAACAGCACAUAAACAAGGUGGUAAUCUUAAAGAUACUGCAAUUAAAUUAGGUCUGCUAACUGCUGAACAAUUUGAUCAAUGGGUACGACCAGAAAAUAUGGUUGGACCAAAGAAAAAAUAAAACAAAACACCAAAACAACAACAACUUUUGGAUCCCGGAAAAAAUUUUUAAAAGAAAAAAUUUAACUGAAUUUU